GUAGUAAAUCGUGAUUUUUUCAAUCAUGAACUACAAUUUUGAUUUUAAAAUUAAUUUUAAUGUAUAUUAAUUACUUCUGGAUAGAAAAAUCAUAGCUAAAUUAGGUAUCUUUUAAAUUAUUAUUUAUAUUUCAUUGCAUCAUGUCACGACACAGAAACAUACGCACCUAUCAUUACAGCGAAGAUUACGGAGAUGAAGUGGAUGCAGAUAUAUAUGGACAAUCUGUCGAAGAAGAUGUUUGUCUAUCACCCACUGAAGAAUCAUUCAUCUAUAAUCGGAAUCAUGCCGCGAGAAAUGUGUCUUCCUUUUUUGAUAAUACUUCUACAAGUUCUGGGAUAAAAGUUCAAUGUGGAGAUGAAAGUUCUUCGAUAGAACAGACCAACAAUAUGCAAAAUUCAAAGCUAGAAAUACAAAAUGCUAACGAAAGAAUGCUACCGGAAAGGAUAUCGAAACUGGAAACAUCACCGAAACCAGUAAAAGUUGUAUAUCCUGCGAAAAGCACCGUAGUCGAAGGAUUCGAUGUUUCUGUAUCAGAAACUGAUAAACAAAAAUCUUCCCAAGACACCCUAGUUGAUUCAAAUUCUACCUCAUCGCGUUAUCGAGAACCCUCCAAAACUGCAACCGAAGUCAGUAUAAACAAAUCGGAAAAAGAAGACGAAAACUCCAAUAUAAAAAUGAAAUCGGAAGAAGAAACUAGUAAUAAAGAUAUCGAAUCGAAAUUCAACGCAGCUCGCGGUUCACGCAAACAAAACCUAUAUUUAAUCGUCAUCGGACACGUCGAUGCUGGAAAAAGUACUUUGAUGGGACAUUUACUCCAUAAAUUAGGCUGUGUUAAUCAGAAACUAAUGCAUAAGUACGAACACGAGACGAAAAAAGUUGGCAAAAGUUCGUUCCUGUAUGCUUGGAUUUUGGAUGAAAUUGGCGAAGAGAGAAAUCGUGGAAUCACUAUCGACGUAGCGAGGAAUAAAUUUGAAACGAAUAAAUUUAUAGUUACACUUUUGGAUGCUCCCGGUCAUAAGGAUUUCAUUCCUAAUAUGCUUACAGGCGUUACUCAGGCUGACGUCGCUAUUUUGGUUGUUGAUGCAACAAACGGAGAAUUCGAAACUGGAUUCGAAAGCGGAGGACAGACCAGAGAACAUACUUUGAUUGCACGAUUUUUAGGUAUUAAUCAAUUAGCCGUCGUUGUGAAUAAAAUGGAUAACGUUGGUUGGUCCCAAGACCGAUUUAAUCAAGUUCGUAAAAAAUUAUCAACGUUUUUGAAUCAAGUCGGAUUCAAAGAAACCGACGUAACUUACGUACCAUGCUCCGGAUUAAGCGGAGAAAAUCUAGUACAAAAGGUCAACGAACCGGCAUUAAAAUCUUGGUACAAUGGACCUACGCUGAUCGAUUUAAUCGAUUCUUUCCAAUCACCUAAACGUCAUUACGAACGAGCUUUCAGAAUGGGAAUUAAUGAUAUAUUCAAAGGCACCGGAACCAUACCUUGUUUAAGUGGUCGAAUAGAAAGUGGCUACGUUAACGUUGGUAAAAAAGUAUUAGUGCAACCUUCUGGCGAGGUUGCCACCGUUAAAGCUUUAUACGUUGACGAAGUCAGCGAAAACACCGUUUAUGCGGGAGACUACGUGAAUGCUGUGUUGAUUAAUUGUGACACCGAGAACCUUUACGUUGGUUCUGUUCUAUGUGAUAUUGAAAAACCUAUUCCGAUUAGUACUAAAUUCGAAGCUAAAAUUGUUCUGUUUAAUGUCGUAAUACCCAUCACUAAAGGAUUUACGGUGAUUUUACACUUGCACAAUAUUAUCGACAGUGUUAUUAUCAAAAAGCUUAAUGCUCAAGUGCACAAAGUAACCGGAGAAUUAAUAUCGAAACGACCUCGCUGUUUACUUAAAAACACAGCUGCGAUUGUAACAAUCGAAAGUAGCCGACCGCUGUGUGUAGAACUAUACGAGAAUAUGAGAGAAUUUGGGCGAUUCGUAUUGAGAGAUGCUGGCGUUACGAUAGCUGCUGGUUUGGUUACUAAAGUUUUAUGAAAAUACUCACCAAUUAAAUCGAAAUGUUGAUUUUAUAAUGAUUUCCGGCAUGGUUCAAUGAACGAGGAAAAAAACAUUCAAAUGAUACGUGAUGCUCAUGGUACCAUAUCCGUCGUAAUCUGUUUCUAUUUUAAAGCGCUAUAAAGCGCAGUCACAUUUGUAACGCCGGACGUAAUCUACGAAUAAUUCUACCUGCUAAAUCCUUUAACCGUCGAUGGAUCGAUAUGAUAUUUAAAUAAAACUUGAUUAUCUCAACCAACAA